CAAUAUAGAUGGUUAUGACCCGCCGACCGCAGACACUCGUCGUCAUUUGCUCCCACCUAGGCCUCGAGCUGCAUACACGAAAUUGAGUGGGGGAACCGGCCGAUGCGACGACGACGGCUAGCGUGAUUCUGAAUUUAAUAUAAAUUUCCUUUAAAAAUGCCGCACUUUUUCAUGAAUAACGUAAGCGCCGCCCCUAAUCGAAUCUAUUUUUCUACUACAGAUUAUCCAAACAAACACAAAAAAAUUAAAUAAAUAUCACUCCAUUGUAAAAUCAAUACAUUCAUUGUUCCGCUUAGAAUCUAAAAUCUAAUUAUUAUAUAAUUAAAUAAUUUUAAAUAUAACAAAAUAUAUUGUGUAUAAUAUGAUAUUAUAAAAUUGAUAUUUUAAAUUAAAUUAUCCUUUGGUGUGCUUAAAUGUGUGUGGAUUGACUGUUAAUACUUUUAUUUUUUAACUCUCGAUCCUUUUUAUUAUUUUGAAAUACAUAAUAGUUAUUACAAAUGUAGCAAAAGUACCAUGCACUUUAGUCCUGGAACCAUGAAAAAGAUGGCCGACGGAACAAUUAUAGUGAUGAGGUCUCACUCUAAUCAUGAGCGUGAAGAUGAUACCCCUCAGUUAAUAGAUGCUUUAAAAGCAGUACUAAAAAGAAGAGCUGCUGCUGAAAAUAUUUUAUUAAAAGAAAUUUACGACGAAGAGUGCUUAAGGCAUCCAAUAGCAGCUAGCUUAUAUCCAUAGCCUACAGCUGAAUCUUUAAUGCGUUUGGCCCGUAGGUCAGUAAUGCCUAGAUUGCCUGGGAACCUUCAGGAACUAGCAUCCUUAUUUGAUAAUGGGCAUCUUCAAAGAUUCAAUUGUUGUGACAUUACGAUAUUUAGGAGCUGUAUUCGUGACCUUGAUGGUAAAACUAGCCUGAUAUUUGCAUGUCCAGUUUUGUCACAAAGUUUUUGUGGUACUGGAAUUGAGGAGCUUCAUGUAGACGCUACUUUUAAAGUGGUUCCAGUAAACAUGGGCUAUCAAUUAUUGAGCGUACAUGCUAUGAUACAAAAUUAUUCAAUACCAAUUAUAUUCGCACUAAUGGAAUCAAAGUCUAGGAAUUCAUAUGACAGUGUAUUUCGAUAUGUUAAAGAUAAUCUUUUAGCAAACAUUUCUCCAAGGAUUAUCAUAAGUGAUUAUGAAUCUACACUUAGAGAUGUUCUACAAUCAUAUUUCCCUGAAGCUCGAACAUCUGGUUGUUGGUUCCACCAUAAUCAAGCAGUUUUUAAAAAUAUGAAAAGUAAAGGAUACUAUAGGCUUGUAAAUACUAAUCAAUUUGCACUGCAAAGCUUAAACCUUUUAUUUGGCCUUCCACUGCUUCCAUAUCAGGAUAUAGAAAGAGCAUUUCAAUUAAUUAAAAUGUAUGCAAUCAACCAUGGAGUAGCGAUGCAUAAUUUAUUUGACUAUUAUGAGAGGUAUUGGUUGCGCCGUGUGGGAACUCAGAUAAUUUCAGUUCAUGGACUUCCUAGGCGUACAAACAAUAAUAUUGAAAGUUUCCACAAUAAAUUAAGAUUAAAAUUUUCAGUGACUCAUCCCAAUCUAUGGAUAUUUUUAAGUAAUUUGAGUAAUUUAUUUAAUAAUUACCAUGUUAUAAUGAGGCAGCUUGAAAAUAAUCUUCAACCUACUAGGAGUCUGAAGGCAAAAUAUUUAUUACAAUCCAAAAGACUUAAAAAUGCCACAAGCCAAUACGAUGCUGGGAUCAUAAGUAUGUGGCAGUUCAUGCAAUUGACUUCGUAUACCACAUCAAGAUAUAUAUCUCGACAUAUAAAUUGGAUCAAUGAGGUAGAUCCAAAUUCUGAGCCAGAAGUGGAAGCUGCUGCUGUUGUACAGCCAAUUCAGGAACCACAACUGCCAAUAGCUCCACAAGUGUCAACGUGCAUAGUAUGUUUGAAUGCAAGAGCAGCAAAUAUUCAACAGCAUAUUGUUAUUCCUUGUGGUCAUGCAUGGGUUUGCAACAAUUGCAUUACAUCCCUUCCAGCACCAACAAGAUGCCCAUUAUGUCGAAUGGAAGAAGUCACUUUUCAAAGAAUUUUCUUAAAUUAAACUUUUCUAUUAGUUUUAAAAUAUUUAAUUGUUCAUCAAACAAAACUACACAAUAUGACAUACAAAUUAAUUGAAAAAUGUUGUGAUAGCUAUGAAGUAUUUCAAGAAACUGUUGAUUUUUUCUUGGAAAACAGCCAACAUCUUCUAGCAUUUCCAUGUGCUGAUCACAAAAAUGACAUUUUUUUAUUUAUAAUUACUUAUUAUAUUACCAUGAGAAUGAGACAAUACUCACGUAUAUCUAAUCAAAAGCAAAGUUAGAAAUCACGCAAAAAAAAAAAACUUUUAAAAUUGAUAGCAACAUAGUAACUAGUAAUACGCAUUCAUUUAUUUAGAAAUAAUAGUGAAUAUAAAAAGUUCGUCGUUGAUUUGAAUUUUUGAAUUUUUGAUCGUUGUUCAGUUAUCACUAGCAUCCAUGACGAAGUAUUAUUUCGUCAUGGUAACCACUAAAUAAAACCUUAUCAAAUUGUUAUAAAAUGUUUAUAACAUUAUAACACCUUUAUUCGUGCAAUAAAAUGCAUUUUUGGAAAAAUGUUAGUUAACACCUUUGUCCAUUGACCCCUUCAAUUAAGAAUAGUUUAUCACCUAUAAUAUUAUUUUUUUUCAUAUUUUUAUUCAAGUUGCAGUACACAAUAAUAAUAUGACAUGUCUGUGUUGCAAUCAGUAUUUUCGAUCAGUUAUUAUCGGGCAUAUACUUUCCGGAACUAUACGUUUCGUUAAAAAACGCGCGUUGUUGUCCUGUUAAUUAGGUAUUUAGGAAUAGUGGAAAAUUAAAAUAUAAUGUAUUAAUUGUUAUUAUACGAAUAUUAACAUGAUAAGACGUUAUAAUAAUAAUAAUAUGUACCUAAGUAUUAGCCAUUAAGGCUUUAAAAAUUUAAAGUCCCAAGCUAAUAAUACAUAGUUAGCUAUUAUACAUGUUUAAUAUUUUAAAAUAUAUUACAAUUUUCUACUAUUUUUUGAACCAUCAAAAUAACUAAACUGGAUUGUUUUUAUUUAAUGCAAUACCUAUCAAUAAGAAUUUAUUUAUACCUAUUUAAGA